UAGCAGCUGGUCUAUAGAAAUAAAGAAAAUAGGAUGAAAUCUCACUUCUUGAUUGUUGUGGGUCUUUUUGGAAUCGUAAACUCACAACUGUUUUCUCAUGUUAACUUGCCUCUGUCCUGUUGCUUCAGAUUCCUAGAAACUCCAAUUCCAAGACAACAUGUUGUUGGUUAUAAAACAACUCGGGAUGACUGCCCACGGCAAGGUGUAAUAUUUAUUACUGCAAAUACAAAAAGAGAAGUGUGUGCCAAUCCAGAAGAUGCUUGGGUCGUAAAGUACAUGAAUUACUUUGAUCGGCUAGCUGCAGAACCUGAAGUGAUACCAAGGAGAAAAAAUCCAUUUACUACUGCAAGAGGAAGAAUGAAUCAGAAUGAUGCUUGGGUUAAGAAGAACAUAAAUUAUCAAGAAACUUCUACAGGAGAACACAAAGCUACUCCUGGGGUGCUCUCCACAAUUUCUCCAGCUUCCAAAACAGAUGACAAUAAGUCAGAUGCCUGUUUCACUGGUUUGCAGAAAACUCCAGUUCAGACACAAAAUCGGGAAAAAACUCAAACUGACUUUCAAACUGAAUUUAAACAAUUCUGUAGAAUGUUCUAGGCUUUUCUUAAGCUUCUGUUUGAUUUGUACAAUUGCACCCUUAAUCUCCAGACUGAUGUUUUGUGUGUAAAAGGCUUGAUCCAGGUACCAUAUGGACAAUGUUAAGCACAAAUGAAGUAACUUCAGGUAAAUUUAGUUCAAGCUGAAAAGUAUUUUAUAUAAAUGAGGAAGUCUAAGUGUGAGGACAGCUGGUAAGGCUAAAUAAUUAAAAAAGAGCAGUUUAUUGGAAAUUAUCAGGAAAGUUAAAAAUUAGAAAAUUCAGAUAAUCUGCAGUAAGAGCUUAGUCUUUUGAAAAUAUGCUGCAUAUAUUCUGGUAUAACUGAAUUGAUUUUCUUUGACAAAACCAUUAAUAUAUUUUUAUUGAUAAUUAAGUUUAUGUAUCAAUACUGAUUAGUUAUGA